CUGGCCGUGGCGGCGGUACGGAGCCCCACCGCGGAAGUAAAUGGCCGAGACUCAGCGCCACGGGUGGACCACGCUGGUGGUUGCCUUGGAACCCGUGCCUGCUCCCGGGAGGCUGGAGAGGAAGGACGCUGACCCCUGGGGGAAGGGAAGGUGUAGGGAAUAAGGAGCGGACAGCUGAGACGUAAUAGCACGCACCGUCCCUAGCACAGGACAGACGGAACUUGGGAGAGGGAGAGAUGACAUGGCAGCGUCUGAGGACUCUGGAAUAGGUGCAGAGGAUUCCCACUUCAUGACAAAGAGAGACUUGAGAAGUGGCUGCGGAACAUGAAGUGGGAUUCCUGGACUCCAAGCAAGCACCAGCUCCUCUGCAGUGAUCAUUUCACCCCCGAUUCCCUGGAUGUGCGGUGGGGGAUACGCUACUUGAAAAACACCGCUGUGCCAACCAUUUUCUCUUCCCCAGAUGAUGAGGAAAAAGAUUCUUCACAGAACAGUUCACAGCAGGUACAGAAAAAAGACCAGGAAGAAACAAAUGUUGUGUCAGAGGAAGUAUCGCUACCACUUGAACCUUGUACACCAAACAAAAAUUCUGUAAUUGCACAAAAUGUAGAGGAAAAAAAAGUGGUUUGCUCAGCUGCACUGAGUGAACCUUUACAAAUUCAAAACCCGCAGCUUCCACAUGAAGGUGGCUUUCAGGCAGACCAUGUCAUCCUUGAUAGUUCAUCUAGGCAGUACAUACAUCAGCCUAAUCCUAUUCUGAUGACAGCAGCAGUCCAGAGCUUGGAGGCUACCGGUGUUCAUACUUCUAUAGACGAUCCAGGAGGUUGUACAGCUACAGUCCUGCAAUUUACAGACCCUGACUGCUUGAAUUCAUCUCUGAAACUGAACAGUGCUUUAGGAUCAGUUACUGACUAUGCAGUUGAGAGUUCUGUCCCUCAUGUGGUCUGUUCUGAAGUGCAGACAAGUGAAGAUGCAGUUUUACUGAGUACAGUCACACAAACUAUUGAACAGUUCAGUGGAACUGAAGAGUCUGUCAUUGCUAUUAUUAUGCCAGCUGAGGGUCCAGAAGAGCCUGGAAGAGUAAAUGCUUCUUUCCCACCUGUUAAAGAAGAGUUUCUUGACAUAGAGGAGACAGAAGUGAUUGAAUAUGACGGAAAUGAAAUACUGCAGACUGAGCAUUCAUACUGCAGACAAGACAUAGACAGAGAUCACCUUUGGCAAAAAAUUUCAAAACUCCACUCUAAGAUAACUUUACUUGAAGUGCAAGAGGUAAAAACUUUGGGGAGACUCAGGUCCUUGGAAGCUUUUAUUAGACAAUUGAAGCAAGAAAACCUGCUUUCUGAAGAAAAGCUGAAGUUGGUAGAAAACUACUUUACAACACUUGAAGUGACUAUGAUACAGUAAAGGCUUUCAGUUGAUGGUUCUCAAAUAUCUUUUUAACCUCUUUGACUGUACUUUUGGACAAAUUAACUUUUUUUCCAGUUGAGGUGUUUUAAACAUCUUAUGAAAAUCAUGUGAAUAGCAUUCUUUAAAAUGUUACAUCAAACAAAGCUAAGUGGUAGAAUGUCUGUAAAACAUGAUAGGCAAUUAAAAUUAAAAAAAAACCUGAAUUGGGCGGAGUUUUCUUAAAUGUGUGAAUUAAGUCAGAAUAAGAUAAUUUAACCCUUUCUUAGCUGCAGGCUUCUCUGAAACAUGCGGUGCCUGCAUUGGGUUCAGCAGUAGAAUGGACAGAAUAAGCAUACAGGAUGAACAAUUAUAUAUGUACAUUGUCAUAUGCAUUGUCCAGUGAGGUCAAAAUUGCUCUUUAGUUUUCUGUUCCUCUAACAUUUCUUCUGAUAGUUUUUUGUAUGCUUUGAUCUUAUUAAAAUUGUU